UCGGCUCAGCUCGGCGCCGUGCAGACGGCGGACAGCGGCCAUGGUGGAGCGCGCAGACGAAGCGCCACUGCUGUUCUGGGCCGAGGGCCCCGCCGUAUCGGCGCCGCCGACCGCGGCUGAGGCGGGCAGCGGCGGCGGGCGGCGGCUCGGCGGCGGCUGGAGCGCGGCUUCUUGGAGUGGCGCGGAACCGGCGCAGGCAGCGGGCCCGCCGCGGGCAGAGGCGGAGGAGGACCAGAUCGUGGCCGUCUUCGUGGUCACCUUCGACCCCCGCACGGGCAACAUGGUGGAGUGGUGUUUACCCCAAGAUAUUGAUUUGGAAGGCGUGGAAUUCAAAUCCAUGGCAAGUGGGUCCCACAAAAUCCAGUCAGAUUUCAUCUACUUCCGAAAAGGGCUGUGCUUCGGCCUGGCCUGCUUCGCCAACAUGCCUGUGGAGAGCGAGCUAGAGCGUGGGGCUCGCAUGAAGUCUGUGGGGAUUCUCUCCCCUUCCUACACCCUGCUGUAUAGGUACAUGCACUUCCUGGAGAACCAGGUCAGACACCAGCUGGAGAUGCCAGGGCACUACUCCCAUCUAGAGGCAUUCUAUGAUGACAAGAAAGGAGUUCUCCCUGACAGCAAGGGCACUCCUGCCUCUCAGCAACCUGUCCACUGGCUGCCAUCCAUCCACAGAUACAUGUACCCAGAAAUGAAGAUCACACACCCUGCUGGCUGCAUGUCUCAGUUCAUCAAGUUUUUCGGUGAGCAGAUCCUUGUCCUCUGGAAGUUUGCCCUGCUGCGCAAGCGCAUAUUGAUAUUUUCACCACCCCCAGUUGGAGUUGUCUGCUAUAGAGUGUAUUGCUGCUGUUGCCUUGCCAACGUUUCUCUGCCUGGUCUUGGAGGAACUGUCCCAGAGUCCAAACCAUUCUUCUAUGUGAAUGUGGCAGACAUAGAAAUGCUGGAAACUGAAGUAUCAUAUGUGGCCUGUACAACAGAAAAGAUCUUUGAGGAGAAACGGGAUCUCUAUGAUGUCUAUGUGGACAACCAGAAUGUGAAGACACAUCAUGAGCAUCUGCAGCCACUCCUGAAGAUUAACAGUGCUGACAAGGAAAAGUACCGGCGGCUCAAUGACCAGAGGCAGAUGUUAAUGUAUUCUCAAGAAGUGGGUGAGGAUUGUAGCUCCUGUGAAGAGGACCUCUUCAUCUUGUUUUUCAUGGAGCAGAACAACCGCAUCUUUCAGACACUGAUGGAGGUGUCAGCUAGCCAGGACAAGACACUGACAGCUGACCAUGCACGAGGCAUGGGCCUGGAUCCCCAAGGGGAUAGAAGUUUCCUUAUGGACCUGCUGGAAGUAUAUGGAAUUGAUGUUAUGCUAGUCAUUGACAACCCCUGCUGCACUUAAACCAAGGACAAGAGAGAUGAGGAGCAAAGACCACUUUUUAAAGACUACCAGACACUGCUUAGGAGGAUCACUGGAACUCACCACAGCCACUGGACAGAUCUUGUUUUAUUUAAUAGCUUUAUAGGGAGAGUAUUUAUAAUUUUACAAUAGAAUGUGAUUUUAUUUUCGUCCCCUUAGCUUCCCAAUGAGGACUUGCUCCAGGGUUGUUUUCUUUUUUUCAGUCUUUCUUGUUCAGUUGUGGGUUUGUUGGGGUUGUUUUUGAUAUUUAGAUAGGACCAGUGGCACUUUUGCACCAAUCCUCACUGUUGGCAGUGACAGCUAGGUUUUGGCCUAGCCUGGAUGCCUGAGGGCUGAAGACUUCAGGAAAGCACUUUGUCUGAUGGGGACCAAUGUGAAAUGCUGUAGCUGAGCUCUCAAGACUUGAUUGGAAAACCCUCCCAACAUCAUCCUCUUCCACCUGGGGACUGCAGAGAGCUUCAGCACAGGCUGUUAGUGGCCCAGGCUCAUAAAAUAUCUGUCCUACCAUGUUUAUUGGUGGGAACACUUGAAGCAGUCAUAAAAGAACAGGACUUCUUUAAAAACCCUUCACUCAACUGAGUUGGAAUAAAGCCACCCUUCCUCAUCAAUGGCAGAAACAUGUUUGGGAUAAGGAGGCACUACAGGAUCAUGCCACUUUGCUUACAUGAGCUGCGUGGUUUCACUUCCAACAUUUGAGGAGGUAUAAACUGGUAAAGACUGUACCUACCUGUCUCAUAGCUGGAGAAGAGCACCAUCUCUGCUUGAUCCCUCCUACCACUUCCUCUGGUUUUUAGUUGGAUCAUACCUGCUGCUUUGGUUUAAAAUCUUCAAACCAGCAAGAGAUGGUCUCCCAUUUAAGAGGGACCAACACCACUGAGCCACCUUGCAGUCAGAAUGUUCUCCAGCCUCAGCUCAGAUGGUGCAGGGCCAAACUGAGUUGAACUCAUAUACGUUUUAACUAAUGUCACUAGCCCUUUGUUUGUAGCAGAUGGUACUUGUCACUCCUUUGCUUUAACACUGUCUGCUGAUCCUCCUUUUGUCAAGCAGCCUUCAGCACUGCCUGCCACUAUCCUUGGCUUUCAGUGUGAGACAGAGCAGUAUGUGACCUUUCAGCUGCAGAGCUUCACAGUUUGCAGGAGGUUCCCUUGGAGUUUGGUGUUAACUGGCACAGCUGCUAGAAGCAAUGUCUAACAGCAAGCCUUUCUUUUUUUUUUCCCUCCUGGGUAGUGAAGCUGUAGGACUAGAUGGGAACAGUGUUUUCUUACUCUUGUACUGUGGGAAGAAUAGGAUUCAUUUCAUGCAGACCCAGUGGUUCCCUCCAGCAAGGUUUUCCCAGUAAAGAGUAAUCCCUUUGCCAUGCAAAAUCCAAGAAUGGUACUGUGGGUUCUAGGUGGGACAUGCUGUUUUGCACCAAAUCCGUCAUCAGCUUUAAGCUAACUGUUCUUCCUGAACUGUGGCAAUAGCUAAAUUAGCUGCUGCUUUCACCACAACAGACUCCCAGCACCCAUGCAGCCUCUGCAGUUGAAAACUGUAGCCGACGUAUCCAUUUGUGGUAGCAUUUUAAAGGAUGAGACACAGCCUGAGCCACCAAUGUCUCACCUGCUAAUUCUUUUUAAAAACAGGUAAAGACAAGUUCUCCAAGUAGCCCCUCUGUGGAUUGUCAAGACUGGCAUAUCCUGGUUUUCCUUGAAGGCUAUCUGCAGCAAAGGUUUUGCUUGCUGUGGAUGCAGAGGCUUUAGUGAGGUGUGGGAUCAGGGGCCUCGUAAGAGCUUAUUGCACAGUUCAUGGGUAUGAGCUUCAGCAUUUUAUAUUCCUGUGAUCUGCCUGUCUCUGAGCAGUCGCUCCCCUGCCUGCUUUUUCAGAGCUUUGGAUGUUUUUGUUCAGGAGAAAACAUGCUGCUGCUGCUUGUAUUGCCAUUUGCUCACAACUGCAAUGUAAUCCUCUUUAGAAGGCUGGGGGGGAAAUGGAGAAAGGAAAAGAACAGAGCAGAGUAUCAUUUAAUGGAAAGAUCAGUUUCUUUCCCUUAAGAAAGCACUGUUUCUCAAUUGACAGUUCUAGUAUAAAAGUGACCUACAAUCUCCAUACUCUUUUCUAACUUCCACUUCAGUUUUAACAUGCUCUCUGCAGUGAAGACUCCUGAGGAGGCAUAGAUGGCACUGUAUUGCUGUGACUGACCUCAGAUAUAUAAAAGACAAAAAAGGAACUGAAACUAGUCUCUAGCAAUCCUUCCUCUCUCUAGAAGGUUUGCUACAUAGUUUAGCUGUGGUCAGCUGUUAAUAACUUUCUCUUCUGUUUGAUGUCAGUAGUUGUUUUGCUGAACUAAGUAGAAACAAACCUUUGUCGUUGAAACUUUAUAGCCUCUGCCGUCAGAAGUUUUUUAACACCCUCAUCAGAGGACUAUGUUCAUAAGCUGUCAGAACAUCAGGUCUGCUAGAGCCCACUGAGCAGAACCUCCAGAAAUUAGUGUUUGUCAUUUAUUAAACUUACACUUUCCAGAAACCAGGGCUUCAUUUGCUAGCAGUGGUGUCAGUGCAGAAGCAUCAAAAAAAGCAGAUAACUGUAAAAGCAGCAUCCAUGCUACAUCCCGGCUGGAUGGCUGUAGCCUAUUUUGCUCUCCCUUGUAAUUUUGCUUCUUUCCAGCCUCUCUUGGCAGGUGACUGCUACAGAAGUCAAGUAGGUGCCAGACAGAAAACAGAACAAAAAGACACCUCUCUCCCAACUCUUCCUGGUUUGAUUAAUUGCAAAAGAACUUUCCUUCUGCACUCCUUUUCUAUGAGGCAUUGCUUUGAUUGUUGUUGCAUGUGGAAGAUCCUUGAUAAAUGGCUACAUAGUUCAAACAAAUGGCCACAGCCUGGGAUAUGAAGGCUUGUUCAGCAGGCUGGUUUUGUUUGGAACCAAUUUAACUAAAACUUAUCUUUCCAGGAGACAAUAUAAUUCAAGAUAAAACAGUUAAGUGCAGACAUUUAAAAUCCCCUCCUUGGAACUUAAUGGUUGCUUUUUGAAUACUGGCAGCUGGAAGACAGUUGCUUGGGUGUAUUUUGAAUUAAAAGAGGGAGUUAAGUGUGGCAUAAGGCAGGAUAUUGCUGAUUACUGCAAAAUUCUCUUCUCCAUUUGUACUUUGCCUUUACAGUGGUGCCUUUAUUUCUUUGGGUGUGAUGCCUCUGGUCAGUUGCUUGUGAUCAGAGUCCACACUGAAUGGCGCUUACAGUAACCAUCUAUAUACUGUGCCCUGGCAGACAGAGGCCGGUAUGUUCCUCUCUAACACCCAAGUCACAGUAUAGCCAUUGCAGGUUCACAGUACCUGCUUGAGUUUAAACAGGAGAGCAAGAGGUUCAUAACUGCAUCUUAACUCACAUUGCACUAGAAGUAUAUAAUCAAGUAAUGAGUUAUUACUACUUGUACUAUAUGGAUUGGAGGGUAAGGCUUAGGAGAGAAAUAAAAGCGGAGUUUUCAAUCUGAACAAAGGAUACCAUGCCAGACAUUUGAUUCAUGCAA